AUGAGCACGGGAGAUAUAGAAUCGAUGGACAGCAACGUCCAGGAAUAUAAAGACAUCGAGUCCGGAGCGUACAGGGGAGAGGAACAUCUGAACGACAGUAAUGAAUUGACGAGUACUGUUUCCAAAAUAAGUGGACUGGUUAGAAAAUUCACUCAUGGCGAAACGAAUGACGAGGAAGACGACCGCCAGAAGCUCGAGAAAUUGAUAAGCAAUAAUUCAGAGGCCAUCUCACGUCUUCUCACAAACUAUGAAGAAGGUUACGGUCGUUUAGGGCCAGUCGAGCAGCCGAUUGAUCACGAAAAAACUGCAACCGAGUUCACACCCGAUCCGGAGACCGAUUUCCACGAGAACGACCCGUGGAAGUAUCCCAUCUGCCAGGAGACGCAGAUGAGACUUGUUGUCUUCGUGGACGGUGACGAGAAAAACCCUCAAAACUGGGGGAAAGGCUACAAAUGGUUUUUGACUCUGCUUUUGGGAACCAUAUGUUUCAAUGUCGCAUUAGCAUCUGCGAUAGUCACGGGGUAUAUGAAGGGGCCGAUGAUCACAUUUGGAGUCUCCGAGGAAGUUGUCAUUCUCACCGUUACUCUAUUUGUUUUGGGCUUUGGUUUUGGUCCUUUGGCGUUCGCUCCUCUGUCAGAGGAAUUCGGAAGAAACGCGGUUUACUUCUCAACCUUACUAGUUGCGGUGAUUUUCAUCAUUCCAUGUGCCGUGGCCAAAAAUAUCGGAACCCUGCUUGUGUGCAGACUGAUUGACGGCCUGGCUUUCUCGGCGCCGAUGUGUUUGAUUGGAGGUAGUUUGGCCGACCUCUGGAAAAUCAAAGAAAGAGGUCUGGCCAUGACGAUCUUCUCUGCUGCUCCUUUCAUUGGUCCCGUUGUUGGUCCCUUGAUCGGUGGAUUUAUUGGCGACAAUGCUGGUUGGAGAUGGCUUUACUGGGUGUUGCUGAUUUUCAGUGGCACCAUGUACGUUUUGUUUGUUGUUUUGAUGCCCGAGACUUCGCACAGCACAAUCUUGAAGGCUAGAGCUAAGAAGCUCAGAAAAAUCACCGGUGACGACAGGUACAGAGCUCUGCCCGAGCUCAAGGUCAGAACUACCAAGCAAGUGGCAGAGGAGACUUUGCUCAGACCACUGAUCCUUUUGUCGGAACUGAUUGUGUUCCUGAUCACAAUGUACAUGUCUGUCAUUUACGGCCUGCUUUACAUGUUCUUCUUUGCCUAUCCCAUGGUUUACAGCGAAGGCAAGGGAUGGUCCGAUUCCAAGACCGGCCUUAUGUUCAUUCCAAUUGCCGUUGGCGUUCUGGCUGCUGUCGCCGUUUCACCAAUGAUUAACAAAAAAUACAAUGAAAGAGCUGACGCUUACAGAAGCAGAGGCGAGAUUCCUCCUGCCGAGCUUCGACUGAUUCCGAUGAUGAUUGGUUGUUGGUUUGUUCCUAUUGGACUGUUUGCCUUUGCAUGGUCUUCGUACCCUCGCAUCUCUUGGGCAGGACCAUGUUUUUCUGGAUUCUCCUGCGGAUUGGGUUUCAAUCUUCUUUACAACCCGGCCAAUAAUUAUAUCGUGGACUCUUAUCAACAUUACGCGGCUUCCGCUUUGGCCGCAAAGACGUUCGUCAGAUCAAUAUGGGGAGCUUGUGUUCCUCUUUUUACCAUCCAGAUGUAUCACAGACUGGGCUAUGAAUGGGCCACUACCUUGAUGGCCUUCAUUUCGCUAGCAUGCUGUGCUAUACCUUUUGCAUUCUACAUCUAUGGUGCUAGAAUUAGAAAAUGGAGCAGAUACGCUUACUCACCUACUCCUGACGCUGCAGUCAAUGACAAAAGCUCUGAAUCUACCGAAAACAAGAGCUAG